AUGACGUCCACCAAAACGGCACCGUCUCAGACACCCCAGCAGAGCAAUGCCAAGCCUGGUCUAAGGAAGCCCGUGUUCACCAAGGUCGAGUUGCUCAAGCCGGAGACCAGCGGCCACACGAUCGUUGCCAAGGUCCUGGGCUCGAACCCUGUGCUGCAGAAGGGCCGAUCGGUGUCGCAGCACCUUCGCCAGACUCGAAUCUCUGAGUGCUUGAUUGGGGACGAGACUGGGACCAUUCUCUUCACUGCCAGGAACGAUCAAGUUGACUUGAUGAAGCCUGGUGCAACUGUAAUUCUCCGCAAUGCAAGGAUUGACAUGUUCAAGGGAUCGAUGAGGCUAGCAGUUGAUAAAUGGGGACGUAUUGAGGUCACUGAACCUGCAAACUUUGUAGUCAAAGAGGACUCGACAUCCGGAACUCCUCACAGAAGCUGACGUGCCGCCUCAUCG